AUGGAGACUUUGGGGCAGCAAGUAAACAGCAGUGGCCUUGGCCAGAUGAACAGGGCAGAUGAAGCUUUGAUUAAGACCGUGGUGCCAAUCUUGGACGGACUAAUUCUAGUGACUGGCUUGGUGGGCCAAACCCUGGUCAUCACCAUUCUUACUGGCAGGAGGAGGAAAGAAAGUCAACCCCCGCAUGGUACAGACACCCUGCUGCUGGCUCUGAGUGCUGCUGACCUGCUGCUGCUGCUCUGCCUGCCCUUCCACACAUCUGCCAUCACCCUGGGCUUCUGGCCUUUCGGCAGUUUCCUGUGCAAGGCCAUCAGCUUCCUGGGUGUGGCAUGCUCAGCUGCUUCAGUCUUUACCCUCGCCGCUUUGGCUGUGACACGUUACCUGACAGUGGUGCACCCCACCUGGGCAUAUCGUUCGAGAAUGCACCGUCGCAUAAAGCUGACAGUAGCUCUGCUCUGGGUCCCCGCCGCGGCCUUGGCAGCGCCGCAGUUUGCCUUCCGCACAGUUACCGCAUCCAGCGCUGUGUACUGUUUUGCCUUCCUGUCUGACUUCAGCCAGCUGGUCUACAGCAUCGCCCUAUUCCUGUUCGGCUUCGCUUUACCACUGGCCAUCAUUGUAAUGAUGUAUGCCAAGAUCUACUGUUUUCUUCGACAUGCACGGCUGCUGGGGAACGCUCCCCAGCUGGAGCGCUACCAGAGCCAGGUCACUCACACUUCAGCUCUCCUGGUCCUUGUUUUCACUCUCCUCUGGCUGCCCUCCUAUGCCCUCAUGUUCUCCUUCAUUGGAGGAACCAUAACAGGCUCACCUGGCUACAAUAUCAUUGCCCUCCUAGCCAGACUGCUGGCUUCCUCAGUAGCAGUGGUAAACCCUGUCCUGUAUGGGUUUAUGUCUCAGAAGUUUAGACGAGACUUACUAGAGCUGGGGAGAGAACGCUGGGUAUGGUGCAAAAGUUGUCUGAUUGACUGCCCUCAUGUGAUGAGCAGGGACAUGGUACAGCCCUUUGAGUUGGACACAACCUCAGAAAGAGGCCAAAACUGA